UCAAAGGACUGAAAAAUUUAGAGUUCCGACACAGCCAAAUCGAAAGGGUGAAGCAAGAUCAUGGAGGUUCCAGCUGAGAGGGGAUCCAUGGACGUGAAAACCCUAAUCUCUCUCUACUCCAACAAGCUCUGGAACCGCAUCAUCAAUAUUCUUCCCUUUUCGCAUUCCAACUUUCUGGGCAAAAUUUCAAGCCUCUAUCUACAAGCCAUUCGCACAAGAUCCCGUCGACGCAGGCCAAGCCUCCCUCUUCCGCUCCCUUCCCAUUCCCUCGACACUUCUGUUAUCCCAAUGGAGGCUUCUAGAGUUUUUGAUGUUUUAGAGGAUAUUUUGGAGCACCUUUUUCUGAAUUUGCAUAACAUCCAGAAGAAUUUACAAUUUUGGCAGUCUAGAGCAGAGGAAUCAAAUGCUCGAAAGGCAUAUUUUAUGAUUUUUGAGAGAGGACCACGGGCUUUUAUUACUAGAACAGUUCAAUUCAUACGUGAAUCUGUUGCUCAGGGUUCUUCUUUGCAACUUCUGUCCCAAUCUGCAUCUGCUCACAUAUCUGAGAGGAUAACUAUCUUAACUAGCUUAAGAUAUUCGCUUGCUACAUUUCUGGCACAGGUUCACAUAGACAUUGACAAAUUUGGAGAGGAAUUGGUCAAUGAUCCAGAGAAGUCAUUGUCCUCAUUAUUGGUUACUAUAAAUGGUUUGUUUUCAAAAUUGGAGGCAGCAAUUGGCCAUCUACAUGCAACACGUCAGAGUGAUUCUUCUGUGGAUGGGAGCUAUUCAUUUCCUCUUGUGUUUGAGAAACUGCCAGACGUAAACCAGGAAGGGUCUCAGUGGACAGAUUGUGAAAUUAGAGAUGCUAUCAACUUGAUUUAUCAGAAUCUAUACAAACUGGAUUCUUACCUAAGUAUCCUUGUUUCCAAACAUCGUAAACCACGGAAAUUAACUUUGUACUGGAUUCACUAUACGUGUGGGGCAGUGGGCUUAUCAGUUUGCUCAGUGUGGCUCCUACGUCAUAGUAGUUUGAUGGGAAGUAAUGACAUAGAAAAUUGGGUUCGUGAAGCUAGGGACUCAACCAUUACCUUCUGGAAUGAUCAUGUAGAGCAACCGAUUCUGUCUAUUAGAGAUGAACUCUUUGAGACAUUCAGGAAGAGGCACAGAAGCGUAAUGGAGCUAGAAGAUGUGCAGUUAACUGCUAAUUCUUUACACAGAAUGUUGCUGACUUUUAGCGAGCAAACACAAGGUCAAAAGUUCCCAGAGAAUGCAUCCGACCAGCAAAUGCUUGAAAUAGUUAUGGCCAGGUAUGAAAAAGAACUUAUGCAUCCUAUUCAGAAUCUUCUUAAAGGCGAGCUUGCUCAUGCUUUACUCAUCCAGAUUCAAAAGCUAAAACUGGAUAUUGAGACGGCAAUGCUUGAACUCAACCAGAUCCUCAGGGCCAAUGAAAUCAAUUUUGCAAUACUAGCUGCUUUACCAGCUUUCUUUGUCUCUCUUCUUUUAAUCAUGUUAGUUCGUGCAUGGGUUAAGCAGGAUACCAGGGCAGAAGGUAGGGGAAGAGUUGCUCGAAUCCAGAGGAGGCUACUUGUUGUGGAGGUUGAGAAGUGGAUUAUGCAGUACCAAACUUGUAUGAAUCAGGGGAAGGAAAAAGAUGCUCAAUGCAUGUUUGGAAUGGUGUUAUAUAGUCUGGAUCGGCUAUACCGUGCUGUAGAGAGGCAUGCAAAGGCAACUGGAGAAUGGCUCUGUUUGAGACAAGAUAUUGUUGAAUUGGCGAAGCCUGGACUUGACACUGCUUCUAAGCUCAUUUUGACAGCACGGAUGGAACGGGUUUAUGACUGCUUGCUUCCCUCACUGAAACGGCAGUAGCCUCAUGCCCCUUUUUCUUCCAUUCUUCUGCCUUCUUAAUUGGCUGAAUGAUACAAUUUUGAGAGGUAAUGCCAUGUCUCUUACCUCUACCUUAAUUUUGAAGAGGCCUAACCUGUUUAAAGUUUACAUCCUCCAUCAUUCUUUUAAUCAUACUGCACCCAUGCAAGCAAUUUUGAGAAGCAUUUGUUUUGUUUGUACGCAUGGUGCUUUCCACAUAGUUUUGUUUGAUUGUCAGGAUCAAAUAAUAUUCUCAAUGUGAUAUCAAAUAUGAUAUCCCAGAAUAUUAUAUUCAAUGAAUGAUGAUACCUUAGGAUAUUAUAUCGAUUAAGGCAUCUUAUGCCAUGAAAA